AUUUCCCCCCAUCCUUCAGGCAGACUGAGGCGGAAGGGCCUAGCAGUGGGAGAGGCUGGGAGAGAGAGAGAUUUUUAAAGAAGUACCUUCUUCGUCUCUUGAUGACCAACAGCCUUCCUUCUGAUGUCAUUGGACGAAGGAUCCUAUGUAAUGGUGAUUAUGGAACUGUUCUCUUUGUUGGCAGUGUUCCCCCUACAACAGGAAUUUGGCUUGGAGUGGAAUGGGACAAUCCUCAAAGAGGAAAGCAUAAUGGUAGUCACGAAGGGAUACAGUAUUUCAAAUGCAGGCAUCCCUCAGGAGGAUCCUUUAUCCGUCCCAACAAGGUGAAUUUUGGCAUAGACUUUCUUUCUGCUGUCCGUGAGAAGUAUGGAUUAAAUGACGAUCAACAGGAUGCUGAGAGUAGAACAGAAACAUCAAUAGUAAUUGGAAGGAGGACUGUGGAAACUAUUGGCUUUGAUUCCAUUAAAGAAAAACAAAAGCAGUUGAAUAAUUUGAAUGACAUAUCAGUCGAUGGAUGUGGAGUGAGCCUAGCUGGCCAAGAAGAAGAAAUCAAAAGAACAUGUCCUAAUAUCAGAAGGUUAAAUCUAUCAAAAAACCUUUUGUCAUUUUGGAAGGAUGUGGUAGAUAUUGCUUGCCAGCUUGAACAUCUAGAAAUUCUUAACCUCAGUGAAAACAAAAUGAAAUUUCCAUCUACUUUGCUACCAGCCACAAGAGCUUUUUGUAAUCUGAGAGUGUUGGCCCUUAAUCGGACAGGAGUGACGUGGACUGAGGUUCUUUUAUGUGCUACUGGGUGGCCUGCUCUUGAAGAACUCUACCUAGCUUCCAAUGAUAUUUCACUUUUAGAAAGGCCCAUUGAUGUCUUACUUAACCUGAAAUGGUUAGACCUUUCAGACAACCAAUUAACUCAUGAAAACCAGCUUCAUCUAAUUGCAGAUCUCCCCAGGUUAGAAACACUGAUACUUUCAAACAAUGGAAUUUCUUCUAUACACUUUCCUGAUGUUGAAUUUGGUUGCAAGACUAACAUGUUUCCUUCCUUAACACAUCUUAGAGUAAAAGGCAACAGAAUCACAGAAUGGUCAGUUAUCAAUGAACUUGAUAAACUACAAAGGCUUCAGUCGUUGGAUUGUCGGAAUAAUCCUUUGAUGGACACAGACAAAAAUGUGGAGACUGUGAAACAGCUGCUGAUUGCCAAAAUAGGACAGUUAAAAUUUCUGAACAAGUCUCAGAUCUUUCCCGAGGAAAGGAGAGGAGCAGAACUUGAUUAUAGAAAAAAAUAUGGCAUUGAUUGGUUAAAGGCUGGUGGUAAUCAGGAUCCAAACAAAAACAACCCAAGUGAAGAAUUUCUUGCUGCCCACCCCCGAUUCCAAGUUCUCUGUGAGAAAUAUGGUGCCCCUGAAGAUGGAGAGCUGAAAAGAGAACAACCUUUCUCUCUAAAAAAUCAGCUGCUAAUGUUGACCUUUAAGUGCCCCGACAAACCUGACCAGCAGCCAAUAAAGAAGAAGCUACCAGAUUCUAUGACAAUUCAGAAGGUCAAAGGAUUGCUAUAUCGGCUACUUAAAAUCCCGGGUUCAGAACUGAAACUAUCCUAUGAAAGUUCUAAAAUGAAAGGCAAAGAAUUUGAACUGGACAAUGACCUAAAGUCUUUGCAGUUUUACUCUAUUGAAAAUGAAGAUUGCAUUCUGGUACGAUGGUAACAGCUGCUUUUAAUAAUUCUUUUGGAGAGUAGUUGUAUGCUGCUAGCAGGACCUCUACAAUUAAGUUUAAAAUAUUAUUUGGAAGAACUUUGAUAUCAAAAAGAGGGAGAGUUAUUUGCUUGACAAACCACUAGAUUCUGCACUUUGCAUUAUUAAAUGUUCUCUUUAGAAA